AUGUCCAUGGAUCUUGCUACUGCCCCCAGUUGUCAAGACCCCCAAGCCUUCUCAUUUGAGCCCCAGUCUCCUCUGGAUCUCUUCCUCAAGGUCCAGGAACUCUUGACAGCUUCUCCACAGGCUACUGGAGUGAUCAGACCCUGUGAGUGUGUUCUCACCUACCUGUACCUAGGCUCCCCACCCAUGACUAUUUUGCCUUUCCCAGGCUGGGUUGAUAGCAGGAAUGAGAGGCUUGCAGUUUUCCCAGGCUUCUUACAGGGAAACAAGGGAACUUGUCACAAUGACCCAAACUUUCCAGAGCCUUCUUACCAUGAGCUGAAUGUUCACAUUCCUACCAAAUUCAUAUGUUACAGUUCUAGCCCCAGUGGAGCCCUUCACUCACAUGGCCACAUUUGUACCAAAAUCACGAAGAAGGCUACCCAGGUCAUCAUAGAAAAGUACUACACGCGCCUAGGCAACGACUUCCACACGAACAAAUGUGUGUGCGAGAUCGCCAUUAUCCUCAGCAAGAAGCUCCGCAACAAGAUAGUAGGCUAUGUCAUGCAUCUGAUGAAGCGGAUUCGGAAGGGCCCAGUGAGAGGUAUCUCCAUCAAGCUGCAGGAGGAGGAGAGAGAAAAGAGAGACAAUUAUGUUCCCGAGAUCUCAGUCUUGGAUCAGGAGACCGUUGAAGUAGAUCCUGACACUAAGGAAAUGCUGGAGCUUUUGGACUUUGUCAGUCUGUCCAACCUGCAGGUCACUCGACCUACAGUUGAGAUAAAUUUCAAGAUGCCUCGGGGAGCUCUUUGA